GCCCAGCAGCCCACCCUGGGGCACACUCCCCUACCCGACGGGCACAGGGCUUCAGGAGCUUUUCCACCAUGACUAUUGCCUUGUUGGGAUUUGCCCUUUUCUUGCUCCGCUGUGUGACCUGUGAGAAGCCCCAAGAAGUCAUCACCUCCUCUGCCUGGCACUUCACACAUCCCCUUUAUAAUGCCUCGAUCUGUGAAAACUCUGCCCCCAGGACCUAUGUGGACAGCUCCACGAAAAUGGGCAUCUACCUUGCAGAGCCUCAGUGGGCAGUGAAGUACCGCAUCAUCUCUGGGGAUGUGGCCAAUGUGUUUAAAACAGAGGAAUAUGUAGUGGGCAACUUCUGCUUUCUGAGAAUAAGGACAAAGAGCAGCAACACGGCCCUUCUGAACAGGGAAGUAAGAGACAGCUACACCCUCAUCAUCCAAGCCACAGAGAAGGCCUUGGAGUUGGAGGCUUUGACCCGCGUGGUGGUUCACAUCCUGGACCAGAAUGACCUGAAGCCUCUCUUUUCCCCGCCUUCGUAUAGAGUCACCAUCUCUGAGGACAUGCCCCUCAAGAGCCCCAUCUGCAAGGUGACCGCCACAGACGCAGAUCUGGGCCAGAACGCCGAGUUCUAUUAUGUCUUCAACACAAGGUCUGAGAUAUUUGCCAUCCAUCCCACCAGUGGUGUGGUGACCGUGGCCGGAAAGCUCAACGCCACCCGAAGAGGGAAGUACGAGCUCCAGGUGCUGGCUGUAGACCGCAUGCGGAAAAUCUCUGAGGGCAAAGGUUUUGGGAACUUGGCUCCACUCGUCAUCCAUGUGGAGCCUGCCCCCAGGCAGCCCCCAGGCAUUGCCUCAGUGGUGGUGACCCCUCCAGACAGCACUGAGGACACCACUUAUGCCACUGUGGUAGUGGAUGCCAACAGCUCAGGAGCAGAAGUGGACUCGAUGGAAAUUGUUGGGGGUGACCCUGGGAAGCACUUCAAAGCCAUCAAGUCUUACGCCCGGAGAAAUGAGUUCAGUUUGGUGUCCGUCAAAGACAUAAACUGGAUGGAACAACUUCAUGGAUUCAACCUCAGCCUCCAGGCCAGAAGUGGGAGCAGGCCUUCUUCUUAUUCCCAGAUCAGGGGCUUUCACCUACCCCCUUCCAAGCUGACUUCCCUCAAAUUCGAGAAGGCUGUUUACAGAGUGCAGCUGAGCGAGUUUUCCCCUCCUGGCCGCCGGGUGGUGAUGGUGAAGGUAACCCCUGCCUUCCCCAAUCUGCAGUAUGUUCUAAAGCCAUCCUCUGAGAAUGCAGGGUUUAAACUUAAUGCUCACACCGGGCUGAUCACCACCACAAAACUCAUGGACUUCCAUGACCGAGCCCACUACCAGCUACGCAUCAGCACCUCGCUGGGCCUGGCCUCCACCACUGUGGUCAUUGACAUCACAGACUGUAACAACCAUGCCCCCGUCUUCAACCAGCCUUCCUAUGAUGGCACCUUUGACGAGAACAUCCCUCCAGGCACUAGUGUUUUGACUGUUACUGCCACAGACCAGGAUCAAGGGGAGAAUGGAUAUGUCACCUAUUCCAUUGCUGAUCCCAAAGCCGUGCCCUUUUCUAUUGACCCUUAUCUGGGGAUCAUCUCCACCUCCAAAGCUAUGGACUAUGAGCUCAUGAGAAGAAUUUAUACCUUCAGGGUAUGGGCAUCAGAUUGGGGAUCCCCAUUUCGUCAGGAGAAGGAAGUGUCCAUUUCCCUUAGGCUCAGGAACUUGAAUGACAACCGACCUAUGUUUGAGAAAGUCAACUGCACUGGGGCUAUCCAUGAAGACUCACCAGUAGGGAGAUCAGUAACGACCAUGUCAGCUAUAGAUGUGGAUGAGCUUCAGAAUCUAAAAUAUGAGAUUGUGUCUGGCAAUGAACUAGAAUAUUUUUACCUGAAUCACUCCACUGGUGUGAUAUCCCUCAAACGCUCGUUUAUGAAUGGUGCUGCUGGUCAACCCACCAGCUAUUCCCUGAAAAUUACAGCCUGGGAUGGGAAAAACUAUGCCUCACCCACAACUGUGAAUGUUACUGUGGUUAAAGAUCUUCGUCUUGAGGCCCCUGUUACAUGUGCUAAAACAGGAGUAUUGACACAUUUCACAAACACCAUCCUCCACUCUGUUGGGCUUCAGCACCAAGAGUUCAGUGCGGAGGAGGAUUUCACUUCCUUAAGCACAUAUCAGAUCAAUCAUCAUACCCCCCAGUUUGAGGACCACUUCCCUCAGUCCAUUGAUGUCCUUGAGCAUGUUCCUGUCAACACCCCCCUGGUCUACCUGGCAGCCACUGACCCUGAUCCUGGCUUUAAUGGCAAACUGGUCUACGUGAUUGCAGAUGGCAAUGAGGAAGGCUGCUUUGAUAUUGAGCUGGAGACAGGGCUGCUCAAUGUGGCUGCCCCUUUGGACUACGAAGCCACCAGUUUCUACAUCCUCAAUGUCACUGUGUAUGACCUGGGCCAUCCCCAGAAGUCCUCCUGGAAGCUGCUGUCGGUGAAUGUGAAAGACUGGAAUGACAAUGCACCCAGAUUUCCUCCUGGUGGGUACCAGGUAACCAUCUCAGAGGACACAGAAGUUGGGACCACAGUUGCAGAGCUGAAAGCAAAAGAUGCUGACUCAGAGGACAAUGGGAGGGUCCACUACACCCUGCUAAGCCCCACAGAGAAGUUCUCCCUCCACUCCCUAACUGGGGAGCUGGUUAUCACAGGACACCUGGACCGGGAAUUAGAACCUCAGUAUAUACUCAAGGUGGAGGCCAGGGACCAGCCCACAAAGGGUCACCAGCUCUUUUCUCUCACCGACCUGGUAGUCACAUUGGAAGAUGCCAAUGACAACUCUCCCCAGUGCAUCACAGAACUCAGCAGACUGAAGGUCCCAGAGGACCUGCCCCUAGGGACUAUCCUGACAUUUCUGGAUGCCUCUGACCCUGAUCUGGGCCCUGCAGGAGAAGUGCGAUAUGUCCUGUUGGAUGAUGCCCAUGGGACCUUCCGGGUGGACCAGAUGACCGGGGCACUCAGUCUGGAGAGAGAGCUGGACUUUGAGAGGCAGGCUGGGUACAAUCUGAGUCUAUGGGUCAGUGAUAGUGGGAGGCCCCUGGCCCACAGGACCCUCUGCCAUAUGGAGGUGAUAGUUCUGGAUGUAAAUGAGAAUCUCCACCCUCCCCGCUUUACCUCCUUUGUGUACCAGGGCCAGGUGCAGGAAAACAGCCCCCCGGGAACCUGGGUGUUGGAAUUGGCUGCCCAGGAUGCUGACAGUGGCUUGGAUGGCGAGAUCCAGUAUUUCCUGAGGGCUGGUACUGGCCUUGCAGUCUUCAGCAUCAACCAUGACACAGGAGUGAUUGAGACGGUGGCGUCCCUGGACCGAGAAUUCAUAUCCUGCUACUGGCUGACGAUACUGGCAGUGGACAGGGGUUCUGUGCCUCUCUCUUCCAUAACUGAAGUCUACAUUGAGGUUACAGAUGUCAAUGACCACCCACCCCGGAUGCCCAGACCCGUGUUCUACCCCUCUGUCCCGGAGGAUGCGCCUUUGAACACCUCUGUGCUUAUGUUGGAUGCCUGGGACCCAGACUCCAGCUCCAAAGGGAAGCUGACCUUCAACAUCACCAGUGGGAAUCACAUGGGGUUCUUCAUUAUUCACCCUCUCACAGGUCUCCUAUCCACGGCCCGGCAGCUGGACCGCGAGAACAAGGACGAACACAUCCUGGAAGUGACUGUGCAGGACAACGGGGAGCCCUCCCUAAAGUCCACCUCCAGGGUGGUGGUACGCAUCUUGGAUGUCAAUGACAAUCCACCGGUGUUCUCCCACAAGCUCUUCAAUGUCCGCCUUCCAGAAAGGCUGAGCCCGGCAACUCCUAGGCCUGUCUACAGGCUGGUGGCUUCAGACCUGGAUGAGGGUCUCAAUGGCAGAGUCACCUACAGCAUUGAGGAGAGUGAUGAGGGUGGCUUCAGUAUUGACCCAGUCACCGGCGUGGUGUCAUCCAGCAGCACCUUUGCAACCGGAGAGUACAACAUCCUCACGAUCAAGGCAACAGACAGUGGACAGCCACCUCUCUCCACCAGCGUCCGGCUACACAUUGAGUGGAUCCCCCAGCCCCAGCCCUCCUCUAUUCCACUGGCCUUUGAGGAGAACCACUACAGCUUUACAGUCAUGGAGACAGACCCCGUGAACCACAUGGUGGGGGUCAUCAGUGUCGAGGGCCGACCCGGCCUCUUCUGGUUCAGCAUCUCAGGUGGGGAUAAGGACAUGGACUUUGAUAUUGAGAAGACCAUGGGCAGCAUUGUCAUCGCCAGGCCCCUUGAUACAAGGAGAAGGUCAAGCUACAACCUGACGGUGGAGGUGACAGACGGGUCUCACACCAUUGCUACCCAGGUCUAUAUCUUCAUGAUAGCCAACAUUAACCAUCACCGGCCCCAGUUUCUGGAGGCUCAAUAUGAGGUCAGAGUUCCCCAGGGCACACUGCCUGGGGUUGAGCUCCUCCAAGUCCAGGCCACAGAUCAAGACAAAGGCAAGGGCCUCAUCUACACCUUAUAUGGCAGCCAAGACCCAGGAAGUGCCAGCCUCUUCCAACUGGACCCGAGCAGCGGUGUCCUGGUAACUGUGGGGAAAUUGGACCUGGACUCAGGGUCCUCCCAGCACACGCUGACAGUUAUGGUCCGAGACCAGGAGAUGCCCAUCAAGAGGAACUUUGUAUGGGUGACCAUCUACGUGGAGGAUGAAAACCUCCACCCUCCCCGCUUCACACAGCUCCACUAUGAGGCAAGUGUUCCUGAUACCACAGCCCCUGGCACGGAGCUUCUACAGGUCCGAGCCCUGGAUGACGACCGGGGAGCCAAUGCUGAGGUCCGCUACUCCCUCCAGAAAGGUAACAGCGAGGGUUUCUUUGACAUCAAUGCCAUACUAGGUAUCAUCACUGUAGCCCAGAAGCUCGAUCAGGCAAAUCAUGCCCGACAUACUCUGACAGUGAAGGUGGAAGACCAAGGCUCCCCACAGUGGCAUGACUUGGCUACAGUGAUCGUUCAUGUCUACCCUUCAGACAGCAGUGCCCCCAUCUUUUCAAAAACUGAGUACUUCAUAGAGAUCCCUGAAUCAAUCCCUGUUGGCUCCCCAAUCCUCCUUGUCUCGGCUGUGAGCUCUUCCGAAGUUACCUAUGAGUUAAGAGAGGGAAACAUGGAUGGCGUAUUCUCUAUGAACUCAUAUUCUGGUCUCAUUUCCACCCAGAAGAACUUGGACCAUGAGAAAAUCUCCUCUUACCAGUUAAAAAUCCGAGGCAGCAAUAUGGCAGGUGCAUUUACUGAUGCAACAGUGCUUAUUUACAUAAUUGACGAAAAUGACAAUGCUCCCAUGUUCUUAAAAUCAACUUUUGUGGGCCAAAUUAGUGAGGUGGCUCCAUUGCACAGCAUGGUCAUGGAUGAAAACAACAACCCCUUUGUGAUUCAUGCCAUUGAUGGUGAUAAAGAAGCUAAUUCCUUGUUGGUCUAUGAAAUUUUGGAGCCAGAAGCUUUGAAGUUCUUUAAAAUUGAUCCCAGCAUGGGAACCUUAACCAUUGUAUCAGAGAUGGAUUACGAGAGCAUAUCCUCCUUCAAAUUCAGCGUCUAUGUCCAUGAUCAAGGAAAACCUAUGCUAUUCGCACUCAGGCCUGCUCAGAUUAUCAUCAAUGUCAGAGAUGUGAAUGACUCUCCGCCUAGGUUCUUAGAACUGAUAUAUGAGGUAGCAGUCAUAGGCCCCUUUCAUCAGGGGAUGGAGCUUCUCAAAGUGCUAGCUAGCGAUGAUGACUCGGAAGUCAAUUAUAGCAUCAACACAGGAAAUACUGAUGAAGCUGUCGCCAUACAGCCCAUCACUGGUGUCAUAUCUGUGCUAAAUCCUGCUUUCCUGGGACUGUCUCGGGAGUUCACCAUCAGGGCUUCUGAUGGCCUGUAUCAAGACACUGCACUGGUAAAAAUUACAUUCACCCAAGCCCUUAACACAAGCUUACGAUUUGACCAGGAUGUCUACAAGGCAGUAGUGAAGGAGAAUUUGCAGGACAAGAAGACAUUGGUGAUUCUUGGUGUCCAGGGCAGUCACUUGAAUGAUACCCUUUCCUACUUCCUCUUGAACAGCACGGAUAUGUUUCGUAUGGUCCAGUCAGCUGGUGUCUUGCAGACAAGAGAUGUGACAUUUGACCGGGAGCAGCAGGACACUCAUGUGGUGGCUGUGGAGGUGAGGGACAAUCGAAUCCCUCAGAGGAUGGCUCAAGCACUGGUCAUAGUUUCUGUUGAGGAUGUCAACGACAAUCCUCCCAAGUUUAAGCAUCUGCCCUAUUACACGAUCAUCCAAGAUGGCACAGAGCCCGGGGAUGUCCUCUUUCAAGUAUCUGCCACUGACCAGGACUUGGGAGUAAAUGGGGCUGUCACAUAUGCAUUUGCAGAAUAUUACACAUAUUUCCGAAUUGACCCCUACCUUGGGGACAUAUCACUCAAGAAACCCUUUGAUUACAAAGCUUUGAAUAAGUAUUGCCUCAAAGUCAUUGCUCGGGAUGGAGGAAUUCCAUCCCUGCAGACUGAGGAAGAGGUUCUUGUCACUGUGAGAAAUAAAUCCAACCCACUGUUUCAGAGUCCUUACUACAAAGUCAGAGUGCCUGAAAAUAUUACACUCUAUACACCAAUUCUCCAUACCCAGGCCCGGAGCCCAGAGGGUCUCCGGCUCAUCUACAACAUUGUGGAGGAAGAGGCCUUGAUGUUGUUCACCAUUGACUUCAAGACCGGUGUCCUGAUGGUGACAGGACCUCUGGACCAUGAGUCUAAGACCAAACAUGUGUUCACAGUCAGAGCCACAGACACAGCUCAGGGGUCAUUUUCUGAAGCCACAGUGGAAGUCUUGGUGGAGGACAUCAACGAUAAUCCUCCCACUUUCUCCCAGUUGGUCUAUACCACUUCAGUCUCAGAAGGCUUGCCUGCUCGGACACCUGUAACCCAACUGUUGGCUUCUGACCAGGACUCAGGGAAGAACAGUGAUAUCUCCUAUCAGAUUGUGGAGGAUGGUUCAGAUAUUUCCAAAUUCUUCCAGAUCAAUGGGAGCACAGGAGAACUGUCCACAGUUCAAGAGCUGGAUUAUGAAGCCCAACAACACUUUCACGUGAAGGUCAGGGCCAUGGAUCGAGGAGACCCUGCACUCACUGGUGAAACUCUUGUGGUUGUCAAUGUAUCUGACAUCAAUGACAACCCCCCAGAGUUCAGGCAACAGCAGUAUGAAGCUAAUGUCAAUGAGCUAGCAACCUGUGGACACCUGGUUCUCAAAGUCCAAGCUCUUGACCCUGACAGCAGGGACACUUCCCACCUGGAGUACCUGAUUCUUUCUGGCAAUCAGGACCGGCUCUUCUCCAUUAAUAGCUCAUCAGGCAUAAUUUCCAUGUUCAACCUUUGCAAAAAGCACCUGGACUCUUCUUACAAUUUGAGGGUAGGUGCUUCAGAUGGAGUCUUCCGAGCAGCAGUGCCUGUGUAUAUCAACACUACAAAUGCUAACAAGUACAGCCCAGAGUUCCAGCAAAAAGUUUAUGAGGCAGAAUUAGCAGAGAAUGCAAAGGUGGGGACCAAGGUGAUUGAGUUGCUGGCCAUAGACAAAGACAGUGGUCCUUAUGGUACUGUAGAUUAUACCAUCAUCAAUAAACUAGCAAAUGAGAAGUUCUCCAUAACCCCCAGUGGCCAGAUCACCACUCUGCAGAAACUGGAUCGGGAAAAUUCAACUGAAAGAGUCAUUGCUAUUAAGAUCAUGGCUCGGGAUGGAGGAGGAAGAGUGGCCUUCUGCAUGGUGCAUAUCAUCCUCACAGAUGAAAAUGACAAUGCCCCACAGUUCAAGGCAUCUGAGUAUACUGUGUCUAUCCAAUCCAAUGUCAGUAAAGACUCACCUGUCAUCCAGGUGCUGGCCUAUGAUGCAGAUGAAGGUCAAAAUGCAGAUGUCACCUACUCAGUAGACUCUAUGGAGGACCUGGCUGAGGAGAUCAUUGAGGUCAACCCAACCACUGGUGUGAUCAAGGUGAAAGAGAGCCUGGUGGGAUUGGAAAACCAGACCUUUCACUUCAAAAUCAAAGCCCAAGAUGGGGGCCCUCCCCACUGGGACUCCCUGGUGCCAGUACAACUUCAGGUAGUUCCUAAUGAAGUAUCUUUGCCCAAAUUUUCUGAACCUUUCUAUACUUUCUCUGCAUCUGAAGACCUUCCAGAGGGGUCUGAGAUUGGGUUUGUCAAAGCAGUGGCAGCUGAAGAUCCAGUCAUCUACAGUCUGGUGCAGGGCACCACACCAGAGAGCAACAAGGAUGGUGUCUUCUCCUUGGACCAAGACACAGGGGUUUUAAAGGUGAGGAAGGCCAUGGACCACGAGUCCAUCAAAUUGUACCACAUGAAUGUGAUGGCACAUUGCUCUCAUGAGGACACUAACCUGGUUUCCGUGGUCUCUAUCAACAUCCAAGUGAAGGAUGUCAAUGACAAUAGGCCUAUUUUUGAGGCUGAUCCAUAUAAGGCCUUCCUUACUGAGAACAUGCCAGCAGGAACCCCAGUCAUUCAAGUAACUGCCAAUGACCAGGACACUGGGAGUGAUGGUCAGGUGAGCUACAGCCUGGCAGGGGACCCUGGUAGCAAUGUCCAUCAACUGUUUGCCAUUGACAGUGAGAGUGGCUGGAUCACUACUCUCCAGGAGCUUGACUGUGAGACCAGCCAGGCCUACCACUUUUAUGUGGUGGCCUAUGACCAUGGCCGGGCAACUCAGCUAUCUUCUCAGGCCCUGGUUGAGAUCUCCAUCAUGGAUGAGAAUGACAAUGCUCCCCGAUUUGCUUCUGAAGUCUACAGAGGAUUUGUGGUUGAGAACAGUGAGCCUGGUGAACUUGUGGCCACUCUGAAGACCCUGGAUGCUGAUAUCUAUGAGCAGAACAGACAGGUCAUCUGCUAUAUCACAGAGGGAGACCCUCUGGGCCAGUUUGACAUCAGCCAGGUUGGGGAUGAGUGGAGGAUCUACUUGAGGCAGACCCUGGACCGUGAGCAUGUGGCCAAGUACUUGCUCAUCAUCACAGCCUCCGAUGGCAAGUUCCAGGCAUCGGUCCCUGUGGAGAUCUUCGUUCUGGAUGUCAAUGACAACAGUCCCCAGUGCUCACAGCUUCUCUAUGCUGGCAAAGUCAGUGAAGCUGUGUCUCCAGGACACCACAUUUUGAAAGUUUCUGCAACAGACUUGGACACUGACACCAAUGCCCAUAUCACAUAUUCUCUCCAUGGCCUUGGGGCUGAUGAGUUCAAGCUGGAUCCCCAGACAGGGGAGCUGGCUACACUCAGAGUCCUCGAUCGCGAGAGGAAGGAUGUGUACAAUCUUGUUGCCAAGGCGACAGAUGGAGGUGGCCGAUCGUGCCAGGCAGACGUGACCCUCCAUGUGGAGGACGUGAAUGACAACGCCCCACGAUUCUCCCCCAGACACUGUGCUGUGGCUGUUUUUGACAACACCACGGUUAAGACACCUGUGGCUGUGGUAUUUGCCCGGGACCCCGAUCAAGGUGCCAACGCCCAGGUGGUUUACUCUCUGACCGGCUCCGCGGACGGGCACUUUUCCAUCGAGGCCACUACGGGCGUGAUCCGACUGGAGAAGUCGCUGCGGGACAGGCCGCAGGCGGUGCUGGAGCUCACGGUCCGUGCCUCUGACCUGGGCACCCCGACACCGCUGUCCACGCUGGGGACCGUCACGAUCUCCGUAGUGGGCCUCGACGACUACCUGCCUGUGUUCCUGACCACCGAGCACACCGUGCAGGUGUCUGAGGACGCCCGGCCUGGCACGGAGGUGCUGCGGCUGGCCGGCCUCACUCGCCGGGGCGCGGAGAAGACAGGCUACCGCCUCGUCAGCGGGAACGAACAGGGGAGGUUCCGCGUGGAAGCGCGCACAGGGGUCCUGUAUGUCAACAAGAGCCUGGAUUUUGAGACAAGCCCUAAGUACUUCCUGUCUGUGGAGUGCAGCCGGAAGAGUUCAUCCUCCCUCAGUGACAUGACCACAAUCGUGGUCAACAUCAUCGAUGUCAAUGAACACCAGCCCAGGUUCCCCCAGGAUCUGUACAGCGUGAGGGUCUUAGAGAAUGCUAUCGUGGGUAACAGCAUCCUCACGGUGUCAGCAACUGAUGAGGAUGGACCCCUAAAUAGUGCCAUCACUUAUAGCCUGGUGGAAGGGAAUCAGCUCGGGCACUUCACUGUCCAUCCCAAGAAGGGAGAGCUCCAGGUGGCCAAGGCCCUCGACUGGGAACAGACUGCUAGCUAUUCCCUGAGACUCCGAGCCACAGACAGUGGGCAGCCCCCACUCCAUGAGGACACAGACGUCACUAUCCAAGUGGUCGAUGUCAAUGACAAUCCACCGAGAUUCUUCCAGCUCAACUACAGCACCACUGUCCAGGAGAACUCUCCCAUUGGCAGCAGAAUCCUGCAGCUGAUCCUGAGUGACCCAGACUCCCCAGAGAAUGGCCCCCCCUACUCAUUCCAAAUCACCAAGGGAAACAUCGGCUCUGCCUUCCGAGUGACCCCAGAUGGAUGGCUGGUGACCUCUGCAGGCCUGAGCAGGAGGGUGCAGGAAUGGUAUCAGCUUCAGAUUGAGGUUUCAGACAGUGGCAGCCCUCCCCUCUCCUCUUUGACAUCUGUCAGAAUCCACGUCACGGAGCAGAGCCACUACCCACCCUCUGCCCUCCCAUUGGAGAUCUUCAUCACCAUUGGGGAGGAGGAGUUCCAGGGUGGCAUGGUGGGUAAAAUCCAUGCUACGGACCGAGACCCCCAGGACACACUGACCUACAGCCUGGCAGGAGAGGAGACCCUGGGCAGGAGCUUCUCAGUGGGUGCUCCCGACGGCAAGAUUAUCGCCACUCGGGGACUGCCCCAUGGUCGCUACGUGUUCAACGUCACUGUCAGCGAUGGAACCUUCACCUCCACUGCUGGUGUCCAUGUCCAUGUGUGGCAUGUGGGGCGGGAGGCUCUGCAGCAGUCCAUCUGGAUGGGCUUCCACCAGCUCACCCCAGAGGAGCUGGUGAGUGACCACUGGCGUAACCUACAGAGGUUCCUCAGUCAUAAACUGGACAUCAAACGAGCCAACAUCCACUUGGCCAGCCUGCAGCCAGCAGAAGCCAUGCCUGGCGUGGACGUGCUCCUAGUCUUUGAGGGGCAUUCUGGAACCUUCCACAAGCUCCAAGAACUGGCUUCCAUCAUCACUCGUUCAGCCAAGGAGAUGGAGCAAUCAGUGGGAAUUCAGAUGAGGUUAGCCAUGCCCGUGGUGCCCUGCCAGGGGCCAAGCUGCCAGGGUCAACUUUGCCAAGAGACAGUGCACCUGGACCCCAAGGUUGGGCCCACGUACAGCACAGCCAGGCUCAGCAUCCUAACCCCACGGCACCGUCUGGAGAAGACCUGCUCCUGCAAUGGUACUGCCAUCCGGUUCAGUGGUCAGAGCUACGUGCGUUACAGUCCUCCAAACGCUCAGAACUGGCACAUUCAAUUCCGUUUGAAAACACUCCAGCCACAGGCCAUUCUUCUGUUUGCCAAUGAGACAGCAUCAACCUUCUUGAAGCUGGCUGACGGAGUGCCCCAGCUGGAAUACCACUGCCCAGGUGGUUUCUAUGGAAACCUUUCCUCGCAGCGCCAUGUGAAUGACCAGGAGUGGCAUUCCAUUCUGGUGGAGACGGCCACCUCCAUUCGCCUGUUGGUUGACGGUACAGGCAAUGCCUCCCUCACCCUCCCAGAGAACUGCCGGAGUCUGAAGUCUGAAAGAGCCCUCUUGCUGGGUGGCCUUGUCCUCUCGCAUUUUUCCCCAAGUGUCUCCCAGGGCUUCAAAGGCUGCCUGGAUGCUGUCGUUGUCAAUGGUGAGGCGCUGGAGCUGCUGGGGCAUGGCAGGAAGGUGGCAGGCUUGCUGGAGACGCAGGCCCUCAGCCAGUGCUGUCUCCACAGUGAUGACUGCAGCCAGAACCCGUGCCUCAAUGGAGGGGAGUGCUCACAGACCCAUGGGACAGGCUAUGUCUGCAAGUGUCCCCCACAGUUCUCUGGGAAGCACUGCGAACAAGGAAGGGAGAACUGCACGUCUACACCCUGCCUGGGAGGCGGAACCUGCAUCUCCUCCCCAAAAGGAGCUUCCUGUAACUGCCCUCACCCAUACACGGGAGACAGGUGUGAAAUGGAGGCAAGGGGUUGCUCAGAAGGAUACUGCCUCGUCACUCCUGAGAUUAAAAGGGGCGACUGGGGGCAGCAGGAGAUGCUGAUCAUCAUAGUGGCCGUUCUGUUCAUCUUUUUCAUUGGGGCCAUUGUUGGGCUUCUCCUCUACUGCCGCCGCUGCAAGGCUCACAAGCCUGUGGCCAUGGAGGACCCAGACCUCCUGGCCAGGAGUGUUGGUGUUGACACCCAAGCCAUGCCUACCCUCGAGCUCAACCCCCUGAGCACGAGCUCCUACAACAACUUGAACCAACCAGAGUCCAGCAAGGCCUCGGUCCCAAAUGAGUUCAUCACCUUUGGACCCAGCUCUAAGCAACAGCCGGUGGUCUGCAGUGUGCCCCCCAGACUCCCACCAUCUGCAGUCCCUUCCAACUCUGGCAAUGAGUCCAUUUUGAAGAGAACCUGGUCAGGAGAGGAAAUGGUGUACCCAGGUGGAACCACGGUCUGGCUCCCUACUUAUUCCAGGAAGGAACGCUGGGAAUACCCUCCCUCUGAAGUGACCCAGGGCCCUCUGCCACCCUCAUCCCACUGCCACCCAACCCCAGCUGUGAUGCCGGAGCCCAUUGGCCUCUAUGGGGGCUUCCCCUUCCCACUGGAACUGGAAAACAAGCGGGCACCCAUCCCACCCCGUUAUAGCAACCAGAACCUGGAAGAUCUGAUGCCUCCGCAGCCUCCCAGUCCCCAGGAGCACCUGCUUGCCCCCUGUCUCAAUGAGUACACAGCUAUCAGCUACUACCACUCGCAGUUCCAGCAGGGAGGGGGAGGGCCCUGCUUGGCAGAGGGGGGCUACAAGGGGGUGAGUAUGCGGCUCAGCCGGGCUGGGCCCUCUUAUGCUGAGUGUGAGGUAGGGGGUGGGCCUCCCGCAGGCCGGGGCCAACCCCGGGCUCCCCCCAACUAUGAGGGCUCUGACAUGGUAGAGAGCGACUAUGGGAGCUGUGAGGAGGUCAUGUUCUAGUUCCCUAGUUCUCAGAGGAAGGCAGGCAGAAGGGCUUGGCACCUUGCCCCUGCCCCACAGGCAGUGAGUUGACUGUGGCUGGGAACAUGGGAGGGAAGCCCCCAUACCCAGUCCAGGCUGCCAUCCCUUGAAACAUGCUUUUCCAGACCCCCAGCUAGUCCCUGAGGGUGGAGGGAAGCUGAGGGUAGAGCUCCAAAAACAGCACUAGGGCCCCCAGGAGAGAGAGGGGAUGCACAGAGCAGGCACCCAGGAAAACCAGGAAAAACUGAUGCCUGGGUUGGGUGAGAGAGAGUGUGUCUCCUUCUUUUGCCAUUUCUCAGUCCCCAGGGAGGCAAGGCCUCAAUUCCUGGGUCAGCUCUGCAAGAACGCAUUCUUAACGCAUGCUCACGGUUCCAUCCUGGAGGCAGAGGCAGGUGUGUGUCCAAAAGGCAACCACUGCCCCCACUAUAGAGAUGGGGUGUGGGGUCAGCUGGGCCUGGAGGGCCACGGGGUGUCCUCCUGGGGCUGAGAGGUGAGCAGCAGGCAAGCAGGUACCAAAAGUCACCGCACCCUGCCGCAUUUAUACAUCCAGUGCAUAUUUUCUGAGCGCCUGCUCCAUGCCAGGCACUGUGCCAAGAGCCAGAGAUACAGUGGAGAACAAGGGCAACAGGGGUUCCUGGGAGCAUCACUGGGGCCUCAGUCUCCGGGAGGUCCUGCUCCUCUAACACAGAUUCAAGGGAACUUGUUCCGUCCCUUUAAGUCACAUGACUACCCACCAGCUGGGGCCUGCCAGGACCCUGUGUGGCCCCGGGCGAGCCUUCUCUGUUAAAGAAUUCAGACCUCAAUGGAACUCUGGGCAGUUCAUCCCGAGUUUCCCAGACACUUUUGCUGAAUGCAGGAAGGAAAUGUGUCCAUUCUAAAAUUCUAAAGCACUUUUCAACCUUGGUGUCUGGAUGAGUUUCCACAAAGAGAUUUGUUUUCUUCCCUAGACACAAGGAACUCCUUUUCAGGGCCGGGUGGAGGCUGGCUGGAUGCCCUGUCCUGCCCCUCCAUCUCAGAUGCCUGCCAAUCUAAGUGUUACCUGCAGUGACUCAACCCUAUGCAUGGAGGGUCAUGUGGGCACGUGUCUACACAUGUGGGCAUCUGUGUAUAGUCUAUGUGACACGUGUGUAGACUUUAUGUAGCCAGGAGUGGCGGGGACCAGAGGCCACUGUGCCCGCUCACCUCGCCACUCCCUCCCCCACCAAACCUUCCCUCCGGUCCACUGCCUUUUCAAGCGUGCUGUUUCUGGAGACCAGGUCAAAAGGAAGAGCAAUGGGGAAUCUUACCCAUGGGUCGCUGCUUUUGGCGGCAGCAGGCUGUGUGGGUGAGAGUCUAUUUGCAUGAAUGGUUGGCGAUUGUGUGUGUGACUGUGAGUGAGUGACAGUAUG